AUGAAUUCAUCGUCUAGCCAUACGAUUGUAGUGGGUUCAGGACUUGCGGGACUAACUACAACGUUGCAAUUAAUUUCCCAAAAUCAUAAAGUUACCUUAAUUGAAAAAACGGCCAAAUUGGGUGGGAAUUCAAUCAAAGCUUCAUCGGGGAUUAAUGGAGUGCCUACAAUAUAUCAGAAAAACGAGGAUUCCGUGGAAGCGUUUAAACAAGAUACACUCAAGUCAGGAAAGGGUUUGUGUAAUACUGGUUUAGUUAAUGAAUUAACUUCUCGAUCACGCGAUGCCAUUGAAUGGUUGACUCAAGACUUAAAGAUUGAUCUUUCACUGGUUACGCAACUAGGCGGUCAUUCAUUUGCCAGGACCCAUAAAGGAGCAGGCAAAUUACCACCUGGGUUUGCAAUAGUUCUGGCUUUAAUUAAGCGUAUUGAAGAAAUUCAAGCAAACAACCCUGAGAUAUUAACUAUACUCAUGAACAGCCGUUUGGUGAAAAUUUUAUCAGGGGAUGGUAAAGUCAAUGGUGUUCAAUAUCAAGAUGAAAGUUCCACUGAUCUCAGGACUGAAUUUGGCGAUGGCAUAGUGUUGGCUACUGGUGGAUUUUCAGCUGAUACACAAAAUCUUGAAUCUUCAUUACUCAAACAAUAUCGACCCGAUUUGCUUAAAUUUCCAUCAUCCAACGGUGAACAAACAACUGGAGAUGGCCAGAAAGUCGCUUUGCGCGAUAUCGAUGCUCAUUUGAUUCAAAUGGAUCAAAUUCAAGUCCACCCUACUGGAUUUAUUAAAUUGGACAAUGUUGGAUCUCAAUGGAAAUUCCUUUGUGGAGAGCUUAUGCGUGGUAUUGGAGGUAUUUUGUUAUCACCAAAUGGCAAGAGAUUUGUUAACGAAUUGACUACAAGAGAUAUUGUUACUGAUGCGGUUAUACAAAAUUGUCAAAUCAAGCAAGAAAAUGAAUUGGGAUUACCUGUUGGGACAUAUGUUUCCGUUCUUGUCGUUAGCGGCGACGACUACUCUAAAGCGGCGAAUCAUAUUGAUUUCUAUGCUUCACAAGGAUUGUUGCAAAAGGGAGGUGUCGGAGAUUUAUUGAAGUUGUUGCAAAAAAUAAAUUCUGAAAAUGUUAAACAAACUACCGCCAACUUGAAGCAAACACUUGAUGAAUAUGGUAAUGUUGUUAGAACCAAGGACGAUCAUUUAGGUAGAACUGUAUUUGGAAGUGCAAUAUCUUCAGAAUUUUAUUUCGGGUUGACAACGCCAGUCUUACAUUUUGCUAUGGGUGGAAUUGAAGUUGAUUCAAGUGCCCAUGUAAUCAAUUCUCAAGGUCAAGUCAUUCCAAACUUGUAUGCUGUUGGUGAGGUUAGUGCUGGUGUCCACGGUGCAAACAGACUCGGUGGCAGUUCCUUGUUGGAAUGUGUAGUUUUUGGCAAGAUAGUUAGUCAAGAUAUCUUGAAUAAAUAG